GUAAAAGUGUGGAAAAAUUAUGUUAUUGCAGAUUCUUCUAGUGGUACUGACAUAGAAAUGUGAAACUCUCUUAUUGAUGGAACGCGGUACGGUGUCAAGUGCGUUUGUAGGCAACAGUGUGGCAGGGCGGGCGCGGUGAGAGCGCGGCCCGGUUGCGACCGGUCGGCCCCUCCGCGGCGCGCGCGCACACGCUGCUCUGCGCCGUCGACGUCGCGACGCUGCGCCCGUGUGCACCGCUCCGUACGAAGCUAUCGCGUUUUUUUCUGUUCACUUAACCACUAUACGUACAAAACAGUGCUAAGGACGCUCCAGAAUGUUUUUAACCAGUGCCGGACGCCUUAUGCAGUGACAAUAAGGAGGUCGAAAACUCGUUUUUGGCAGUACACAGCUCUAAUCGUGAUACGAGCCGAAAAGUGAAUCGGAGUACACAGAAAGUGCGCGGGCGCGCGUUACACGCGGAAUGGCGACGGACGUGGCAGUGGAGGACUUUGUCACCAUAGUUCCGGUCGGUGAGGGCCGACCUGUGGUCCGGGAAAAUAACUUUGUGACAGUUCUUACUGUGGGUGCUGCAGCCGGUGCCGCAGAGGUGAAAGUGCGAAGGUCGCGUGGCGAACGGCUUGGUCUAGGUUUAAAAUUCGAAGGUGGCUCUGCGGCUGCGGAAAAAGUAAGAAGACUUCUGGUACAAUCAUGCGCAGAGAAUAGUCCUGCUGCAAAUGCUAUCACACCCUGGGGUAAAUUAAUACCAGGUGAUGAAAUAUUAGCCAUUGAUGGAGUGUCGGUUUCCGAAUUAACUAGGAUAGACUGUGUGCGGCGAUUGAAGGACUCAGAUGAAUCUCUUACGCUAUUGGUGCGUCAUUUUGAGUCUGAAACACAAAAAGAAAUGACUAAUACGGAUUCCCCAGAUGCGUCUUCAAAUACAAAGCAUACGGCAGAUAUUGUAAGACCUACAACAUUACCGCCACCGGUACCACCACGUAAACUCGGUAAAAAGAAUUCAUUUAAAGACAAAUCUACACUUCAAACUGUUGGUGAACAAAAUGCUAUUAAUAGUGACGAAAAAGAUAUUAUUUUGAAUGGUCAACAUAAUGGAAUAACAACAAUCACAAAGUUAUCCCGGAAGUCUUCAUUUGAUAGUCAUCUGCAUAGACAAACAAAGGAAGGAAUAGCGUAUUUAAAGAAAGGCUCCCCUGAGGAAGUGAGACGACUAGUGCGUCGAUUAUCCGAUGGUAAAGCAAUGCCUCCAGAAGCAGAGGUUUACAUAGAUUUGUUAUCUUCAGAAUGGGAACGAUGCCUUUUGAUGGCAGAUGCCGAAUCUGAUGAUACCGGUAGUUCAAUAUCAACUGUAGUUGACCGUUUGGGCUCCAUGACUAGUUCCGUGGAAAAUAGUAUACCGUCUACACCCAUAAUGCAACCGAAAACAAUUGAUAUACAAAGAGUGUUAAAUUGCAUAGAAAAUAUUGACUCAAAUAUUUUGAAGGACAUUACUAGUAAUAAAUAUUUAGAUAGACAAGUAGAAUUAAACGAGACAGGAGGAAUAGAAAAAAGUGUGAACACAAAUGGAUUCCAAACUCGUGAAACGCCUUUAAUUAAUGAUGAAGUAACUCAGCCGCUUAAAAAAUUGCCACUUAACGAUAAAAAUAACAAUAAUACUAUUGUUCAAAAUGGCGCUACACUAGACUUGAACAGAUUAGCUCAAGUAAAGAAGUUGUCAGAAAAUAAAAUAGAGUCACAAACCGAGAAGCCUAAGCCUAUGCCUAGGAAUGCUAAACAGGAAAGAACAGUUAGCGAGAAAAAAAUUAGAACUAUACCUGCACCGGAAAUACCGCCUCCCCCGGUGCCAGAGCCAUUGUUGACUCCGACAAAGAAAACAUGUAUUGAGACUUGGCUUCAGCGUUCCGAAGCUGAAAUGAAUUGCAAAAAUAUUGAGAAAAUCGAAGAUAAUAAUAAUAUUCCAGAAGCUCUGCCUCGUCUGAUUGACUUCGUACCCAAACCUCAAUUUAAAGAGUGUAAUGAUGCCUCUUUGCCUCGGCCUACAACGGCACCCCCUCCGCCUCCGCCGGUAGCUGCAAUCCCUCCGGUUGAAACACGAGAAGAUGGUUCCGGGGCAUCUCUCGACACCAUUGGUGAAUUAGACGAGUCAAUUGACGUUACUGACAAUGUGAAACCGAUCGUGAUUGAAAACGAAACGAAAGAUCGAAAACAGGCGUACGAAAGAAACUUUUGGGAAGAUCGAGUGAACAAAAGUGAUGUUGAGGACAAAAGCCUUUCUAAUGAUGAAAGUCCUCUACCUUCAUGUCCCCGUCAGCCUCCCGAUGGAGUGGAAACACCAUCAGAUGCUAUGGAAAAAGUGCCUGAACUUCCAACCCGUCUGCCUCCGAGACUUCCAGCCGGGUGGCCUAAUUCUAGGUCACGCUACUCCUAUACAUCGCGAACUCAAGAUGCAAGAAGUGAAGCUAGCGUUAAAGAUAAAAUUGCCAUGUUUUCAAGUAGUCGUGCCACUUCUACCGACCAUCUGGACAAAUGUGGUACGCUUCCAACUCGUACUACUUCUAAUACAAGAAAAAGCACAGCUCCUUAUUCAAGCAACUAUCCUCACGUUUCUACUUUGGAUAGACGACUCACAAAGUCACAAGAUAACCUUGACGAAACACCACGUUCCUAUAAAAAACAUACGGACAGACCAGAAGUACCGGGCGCCCAUGAAAAUGCGACGUCUAUAUUAGGCAUGACAAGAAGCAAUAAAUCUCUUCAUUCAGAAAGUAAGCCUUUCUUUUAUGGAAGUACUACUACAUUACCGUCGACUGUUGAUACAUUUUCUCCACCGAUAUACCAUAUGCGAAGUAUAAGCGAUGAUUCUUCAAGUACGACUUCAACGGCGUCUACACAUAAGUCUAAUCUAGAAUACUUAAUAGAACAAAGAAAAAAAUCUAUGUCUAAAUUGAAAUGUUUAGCAAUACCUGAAGCACAAGGACCAAUCAUUGAUUUACCUGAAAUUAAAGUUCAGGAUACGUUAACAAAAUCAUUUCUUCUUAAAUCAAAUCAAAGUAAUGUAAAUCCUAAAGAUACAAAAUUAAAUAAUACAAAAGCAACUAUAUUAAAAGAAAACAAAUGGAAAGCUAAUCUCUUGCCAAAUAAUAUACCGAAAUAUUCACCAGCCUUUAAAAGGAAGUCAUUGCAGGUUUACACACCUUCUUCUCUGUCAAAAGAAUCUACUCCAGAAAGGAGAUUUAACGAGAAGAUUGAUGCAUUUAGUAAAGUUAUGACAUAUUCAGCUAAACCAAUGAGAACGUCUCUGGAUACAAGUUAUGAAAUGGAGAGAUCAUCUGCUACAUUACCAGCUAAAUCAAGCUUAUCAAAUAUGAACUCUGUAAAUAAAAAAGAAUACAAAGAUAUUAUGAACUAUGUAAAAGAUUAUAAAAACAUUGAGAUAAAACUUUGCACAGCGACUGAUGUUAUUGACAGUGAUAACGAUUCCGCCAUGAGUUCUACUCAAUCAAGCUAUAGAUCUUCAGCAUCAUCGCCAAUGCAUACAUUAGAUACAAUAGAAUCUGAUGGUCCACGCCUUUCACCAAGGAUAUCACAUUUUACUUCUUAUUCCCACAUGAAAGCUGAUAUUCCAACAAAAUCUUCUAUAAUAGAAAAGAAUUGUGAGGAAUAUAAAAAACGUCAUGUGUAUCGCUCGGUGUCAUCCGAUACUAAUGUUUCACUUAGCUCAUCAGCAGGGUCAGCAGCUACCUCCGGCUCUCAAGCAAGCUGCAGUUCCUUAGAAAGUUCUGUCGCUGACUCAGAUAAGAAAAAGGUUUCAAAAACAUAUAAUAUAGAUAGUAUUAAUAGAAGAAAUAUAUUAGCUUCUGCUAAGUGUAGAAGUGGCCGUGAUGCGAAGCUCAAGUCUCCUGUUGUUGAAACUAAGUUCUUGCACGAGUCGAACGACAGGUCUCCAAGUCCAACGGAUAAACCGUCUGAUCGUCUUUCUACGCUCACGUCAUCGGUGAGUGCCGUAUCUAAUAAAGGCGAAAACAGACGACGUACUAAAAUAAUUGCCGAAUCUGAUUCUGACAGCGAUUGUGACGUCAAUGUUCGGCAAAGAAAGACUGACUUUAAAAAUACGAGACUGAAGCGGAACUCUAGCUCUGCUAACAAAAUUAAAUCGAACGAAACUGAGGACGCACCUAAAUGUAUAUCUGAAAAAAUUAUAAAAGAAAUAAAAAAAGCAGGACUUGAUAAUUUCAGCAAUAAUACGACAACGAAGAUAUUAGACGGUAAUAAAGUUGAACCGAUGUUAACUGAAAGAAAAGUUAUUAACAAAGAAGAAAUCAUAAAAAAGAUCAUAUUACCUGAAAAGAAAGUAAAUAGCAAAGCUCCUGUUAUUUUAAACGACUCUAUUAUAAUAAAUGAAGAGAAGCUCUCUUUAAAUAUACAUAAAAUAGAUAUAUGUAAAGAUAUAGUUGAUUCCAUGAAAACCGAAGAAAUAGAAAUACCAACGCACACGAUUCGGCUAAAAAAGGGCGCUGGUACAGGCGUGGGUCUUAUUUUAGCCGGUGGUGUUGAUUGUGAAGCUAAAGACGUUACGGUACACCGUGUAUUGGCAGACAGUGUGGCUGAUAAGGCGGGAUUGAAACGAGGUGCAAAAGUGCGGAGUAUUAACGGCUGUACUAUGACAGGACUAACACACGCUCAAUCCGUUACUAUUCUGAAGGAGCAACGAUUAGAAGUAAUCAUUGAAAUAGAAAAUGACAUACAAGACAACGCAGGAGGAGUCGGAUGCGGCUCUGAAAAUGCGGAGUCGAAGGUCCGGCAAGAAGUAGACGCGACAGAGGAGAGGUCGAAGAAUGUGGUCACUGUGGUCCUGGACAAGGCCGGUGGAGGAGCCGGUCUUGGUUUCGGCCUCGACGGAGGCCGCGACUCACCACACGGUGACCGACCGCUCACUAUCAAGAAACUUUUUGCAGGAGGAGCAGCUGCUCAAAGUGGACGAGUAUUAGUUGGGGCAGAGCUGCUGUCUGCUGGAGGGCAGUCCAUGGAAGGAUUCACAAGGACCCAGGCCUGGGCUGCGUUGAAGGCACUCCCGGUUGGACCAGUCGCCCUGGUGCUGAGGAAUUCGAAACACUAGCUUCCCAUGGGAUUUUCCAAGAGCAAAACUUUAUCGUAACUUGACGUAGCAAUAUUCUUUUGUCAUCUCAUUGUUCUGCAAAUGCAUAUGUUGAAAAGACGCAUUUACAUAACGGGAUCAGAAGAUGCAUUUCCUAAGAAGUUAGAGAUUAAUGCAAUGUAUCAAUCCCUGACUUUACAUUGACUUGUAAACAUGUAAAUAUGCACACUCACAAUAUCGCGAAGUGUAGUUAAUACCUAUCUAUUACUUGAUUUUACACGUUUUCCCAAAACUGCAUACUGUACUCAUAUUGGGAAUGUUGAAUACUUUUGGCUAGUGAAAUCAGAACGCCCUGGGCCGAAUUAGUCCAGUGACAUGUGAGCACCUCUCCGAUUCGGCAGUGCUCGGCUUAACAAGAGUAAUUCGACUGCCAAUGUUUGUCGAAGAGUAAAAAUGCUGAUUGCUAACAACAUUCAAUUUAGGGAAGUGCUCGAGGGCUCCGACAAAUUUUAUUUAACUUACAUUGUCACUUCAUUAGACAGAGGGUACAUGUUGAAUUUGUACAUACAAAGUAUCAUCUUCUCCGUUAUAAGGUAAACUUAUUAGUGACACAAAGACUGCUCGUUUUGUUGCAAUUAUUUAUUUGUUAAAAUUUUUACUAGUCUCAACAGUAGCAAUAGCUUUUUUUAUCAAGUGUAGUUAUUAAUUAAACUCUUCCAAAUUUAUAUGAAGUAAUAAUUAUGAGUGCCAUCACUGCAAAAUUUCACCUAACCAUAAUCAAAUCAAGUUGAGUAUUUUAAUAACUUUGGAAAAUCAAAGAAAAGCACUAUUCAGAGUGUAGCUUAUGUAAAACUUUUAUGUUCUCACAUUUUCAAUAGUAACUUUAGAUAGAUAACAUUCCUCAGAUUAAGUGAUAAGGUGUAUAGAAAAUAUAUUUUUAUAAACUUAUUAAUAUAUUUUGUAUACUUACAAUUAUUAUUGAUGACAACAUGAAGAUGUUUGUAUGAGUUCGAUUUAAAUGAAUCAGAUAAUUGUAUUUAACUUGGACAUAUAUAGAUUAUUGGGAUUGUCAAUCAGGAGGUAUCGGACGAUAGUAAGGAUAGUUGUUUUUUACACUGCUACUUCUUCACAUUAGCGUUUGUUUAUCUUGUACCUAAGUCAAUGCUCAGACAGCCACAGAUCAAUUUGUCAAAAACUGUCAAAUUUCUCUAAAUAACUUUCAGCAAUAGCUUUAUAGUUAUCUUAUAUUAUGUAAGAUGCACAAUCUUUUGAAAAAAAAAAUACAGUUUAUGUUAACUUGAUGUGUAUAUUACUAAUAUUUUCCAUCCAGUUAUAAACAAUUGCGCUGGAUUUUAUUUUUCAUAAGGCCGCUUGCGCCGUAAUUCUUAAUUUAAGCCUAAUCAACUUAAGCACAUCCUUGUCAUCUAUUAAAAUAAAAAAAAGAUGAAAUUAAAAAUUAAAAAAAAGAUAGUUUUCUUGAUUUAAGAACUUUGGUACAAGUAAUUAAACAUUUCAUUUCAAUUUUUUAAUGUUUUUUUUACGAAGAAGGGAAACAGUGCAGAAAAAACGUUGAAAAAGGGAACGUUGAAAUAUUUUCUUUAGAUUUAAACAUCAAGCAGUUACAUGCUUUAAAAUAAUAGAAAUUAAAACUAUUUUUUUUUUGAAAAUUGACAAUUCCUAUAUUUAAUUGUUUCAUUCUUAUUAGAAAAAGAAAAUCUGAACCCAAAAAGACAACGUAAUAAAUGCGUUAAUAAGAUUACAUUGACUUGCCAUCAAAAACGCCUUAUUUAUAGUUUACCAUUAUUAAGUAAUAUUAAAAUUUUAAGUAAUUAUAAUAAGAAUUGAUAUUAAUUGUAAAUAUUUGUUUUCUGAUAAUUUAAUUUUUGUACUAAUUCUUGUCAUAGGAUAUAGUUUUGUGUAUACUAAACAACGAGAAUUUUCAUCGAACCAUUAUGAUCUAUUUAUAUAAUAAUUAUGAAAUUAUAUUCCUGUACCUAUUCCGAAAUGGAAUUAUAUUCUUUACAGUUAUUUAUUCUUGUUUUAUUACCUUCUUGCCCUUUUUUGGUAUGAACAAUAACAAGUAUUUCAAAAUUAAAGCCUGCCGGUAUUAAUAUCGGAUGCUUUAUUAUGAUAUUUCGUCAUACUUCUAUUGCGUCGUUAUUAUUGCAGCAUUGUGUAACUUCGUAGCCGUUCUCAUACCCAAUGUACUAACUUCAAAUAUCGCAAUAACGCGUUCGAAUUUAUCGACCGAUAGCAACGCGCCUAUGCGGGAGCACGGAGCGGACGCUUUGUGCUCCCGCUUAACGCUGCAUAUGCCCUUAGGAGGUUCCCCCCCAUAGGCACUUCCCGGCCCCAUAAACCGAUUAUUAUAAUGUUGCAACAUGGUGGUGACGCGCUAUGAAAAAAUAGCAUAAUUAUGUGCUAACACAGUUUACAAACAAAUUUACUUAAUCUGGCCAUAAAUAAUGUAAGAAUAGAAAACCGGAUAAGUGUGAGUCGAACUCGCCCACUGAGGGUACCGUACAUUCUUUUUUGAUCGUGGUCGCAGAUGACCUCUACAGCGUCACCGGGUUUGGCGACGGCGAGAUCCUAGAAGGACUUCAAGCCGAGAAUUGGCGAGUGCCUCUAGAAGUAUUCCAGGCGGAUGGUAUCUCCCCACGGGAGGAGUCUCCUCUCCGUCUGGAACCUCUAGACCACUCGAACCUGAGGGGGUCGGCUCAACU